GAUCCUCGGCGGCAGCGAUGGCGGCGUGCUGCUGCCCCUCGGCGGGGAGGCCGAGGCGCUCUUCGAGCCGGAGCUCGCCAAGUCCUUCGCCUACCUGGCGGGCCUGCUGUGGUGCCUCGUGGGUGUCGCCGUGACCUCCGACGCGCUCGCGGUGGCCAUCGACAAGAUCACGUCCAG